CCGCGCCCAGCAGGCGCCGUGGGGCAGCCCCGCCGCCGGGGUCCUCGCCGAAAAAAGGCCGUCGCCAUGGAGACGCUGCGCGUUCCGACAGCAGUUAAGCCGCGGAGGCGCGGUGGACGGCAGUUUGCCGGGUCCGAGCCGUGGGUCCCGGGACUCGGCAGCAUUGACGGCGAACUCCUCACGGGCUCGUGAUGCCUCAGCCCGGUCAUCGCCGUCGACGACUCAGUCUUCGCGGACGGUGCGCCGGGCAGCGACCAACUUCGAAGGCGCACGUCGCCUAGCGAUGCCGCGGGGCGGGGCCACGGGCUGUCCCGGCUCGCGGGACACAUCCGUUUCCGGGGCCGCGGCCAUCACACCGCGCGGCUCUGCUCGCUCACCAGGCGAUACACGUUGUCAGACUCUGAACACUGCGGUCCUUCGGUGUAGAUCGCUUUCGCUCCGCUGUUCGUCUUCUCGGUCAACCAUGCUGGAACAUCUGAGCUCGCUGCCCACACAGAUGGAUUACAAGGGCCAGAAGCUAGCUGAACAGAUGUUUCAGGGAAUUAUUCUUUUUUCUGCAAUAGUUGGAUUUAUCUACGGGUACGUGGCUGAACAGUUCGGGUGGACUGUCUACAUAGUUAUGGCCGGAUUUGCUUUUUCCUGUUUGUUGACACUUCCUCCAUGGCCCAUCUAUCGCCGACAUCCCCUCAAGUGGUUACCUGUUCAAGACUCAGGCACAGAAGACAAGAAACCAGGCGACAGAAAAAUUAAGAGGCAUGCUAAGAAUAAUUGAUUUGGGUUUUUAUGAUUUACCACCUGCUUUUGUUUCCAGUUGCUUUCAUAUACAAACAUGAGCUGAAACCACCUGUGCUCUUACAGCACAGAUGUGUAUAGAUUUAGUUCUCUUUAUAUUUCACUUCUAACCAGUUGUGUUUUGGUUUAUAAGUAUUUUAGACCUUCAUAAUCUUGUUCUGAAAUGGAGAACAGAAAACAAAAGUAUGCAGUGUUUCUUUCAGGUAUGCAUAAAUAAUGAAUAAAUGCCUCAUAAAAGUACAAUUUAUCAAAGCUUUAUAAUUCAUCGAGUUGUUAAACUGUUUUAAUGUUUCCAGUUAAAACUCACACCCAUGUCUAAAGGGCCAUAGGUUGGUUGGUGUGUAAGUUUGUUAGUAAAAUCUAAAGUUGUGGUUCUAAAAAUAUAAGCACCGUUUACUUUCUGUAGCUGGAAGUUCUUAGUUUACUAUUCUUAAAAAUAGUAAACACUUCUGAAAAAAUUUACUAAUGUAAAUUUGUGAUAAAGUUAACAUUUUAGCAGCCCUAAAAUAAGAGCUGUUGUUAAGCAGAAAACAUUUAAUCUGUAUUUUUCUUAAAGCAGACCGAAGUGAAAACCUGCAAAGCUAUAAAUUCCUUCUAAUGUAGGAAUGGGAGUAGGAGGAUUUUUAAAAGUAAUAAUAUAUUUCUGAGUACCAGGAUGUAGGACUUGCAAAUUAUGAAUUUAAGAAAACAUAGCAAAGACAAUACAGCAAUACUGAGUUAAAUAUUUUUUUUAAAAGGUAAGAAAAAUCACCCUACAAUUCCAGCUACUCAGGAAGCUGAGGCAGGAGAAUGACAAGUGCAAAGCCAGCCUCAGGAACAGCGAGGUCCUAAGCAACCCAGU